CUAGCGAGAGACAUUAGUCGCGAAAUCAGAGUUAGCAUUCAUAUCCGAAAGUUCGAUUUCUUGUUGAUUCUCUCGAGACGGGCAAUAUUAGGUUUUGUUUAUUUGCCGGUCGGGCAAUAACGCGUGUCGUAAUUACACUACGCAAACUUGUGAAUAAAGACCACAUCAAUAGCUAGAUACGGAUCGUUCCGACUCUUUUCCUAAGUUGUUAAGAGACGACCGCCCUGUCGACAAUGAAGUGCUUCACUCUCUGGUCCGUUGCUGCCUCAACUGCCUCCUGGUGGAGCACUAGUGUUUAUGGAACCUCCCAGUAACUACCAUUUUUUCCCCUUCCCACUGAUUCCUUGUUCGUUUUUGGUAUGCUAGAUCUGUGUAUCUAUACCAAUGGGUUCCGUAACCAAACAUCGUUCAUCUUCUCUCUAAUGUUGGCCAAUGCUGUUGGCGAAAGCGGAAUAUCAAGAUACACCGCUUACGACCGAGUUGUGGAUGCUGUGCAGUAAAAACGACCCAACAAAGACAGAUGAAGCGCUCGAAGGUUUCCUAUACUCGAAUCCGGAUUUAGCAAUGGCACGCUCAGCGGACCGACGUGGUGGACUUUGGUGGGCGUGGGAGUAUUCUACAUCUUCUUCUGAUUUUCAAGCAGUGUGGAUGGUAGGGAAUGAAUGAUGGAUACAACCAGGGAAUUUCUGUGUGUGUUAGACGAUGCGCUGGUCGUCUCAACAUUUCUCUUUUGCGGUUCAGAUUUCCAUUUUUUUAGUCAGUUCCCCGACGACGUCGUCCUAGGGAUGUUGAUGCUCUGGCGGUGUUGGUGACUCUUCACGAAUCAAUGCUUCUCUUACUUAUAGGUUCAAAAACACAUUCGCGUUGGCAGCAUUGAAGGCUUAUGGCGCUGAUCCGGAAACUGCCGAGGAAGACGAUGAGGGAUCGACGCCGUAAUUCUAGUUUCAACUGAGCAGGUCAUAGAGCUUCAUCAUGAAAAUCUUUCACAAGAUGGUGAUACAACAGCUAAAAAGCCUUUGAUUUUUGAGAGAGACCAAUCGAAAUGUGUACUGGAACCGAAGACCCUUUUCUUCUAUUCUCAUGCUGUUUAGGCGUCAGAUGUGCGACGGAGACGAAUGCGAUAGGGUGCUUGACGGAAUUGAUACCAUCGUAAAACAAGUUACUGACCGAAAGGCAGCACGAGAGCUCCGAGAACAGAAUGAACUCGAUGACGAGGAUGACGAUGAUGAUGGCGAUGAAGACGACGACGAUGACUCUACAACGGUACAAUUUUUGAGAGAAUAGAAAUAGGACACUUUCCUCCUUCGCAUGUUUGACAUUGACUUUAGAUAUUAGCUAGUAAGAGGGGUUACGGGAGUAUUUCUACGGCCUUGCAGAUGACGUGAGUACGUAAAAUAGGUGAGAACAGACGACGCACAUCGGGAUCAAGAAAAAACAUCAACAGUUUCUAAGCCUUGGUCAGUGCAAAUGAAUUGAUAAAAAGUAAACCUUUACUCAGGUACGCUUUCAUGGGAGUGGCGCGAAAAAGGCAUCUGCCAAAAGAGAGAAUUUAGACGUGGCUGCGGACGAGGACGAUGAGGACGAAGAACUCUAAGAAAAUCCGCGCAAACACAGUAAUAACAAGUAGUGAAAAAAAACACAGGACCGAAGUAGGUUUUUGAUACGGGAGUAGAUCUACAUACUUGGUUAUAGAUUCAAAUUGAAUAUUAAGACUUCAUUUUUGUUGAUUAUCAUCGUCAUCCUGUGUCUAUUUUGACCUCCAGUUUUAAUGAGUCAAUAGUGGGAAUGAUAACUUUAUAGGGGAGCAUUUUGCUGUCCUCUUUGGUGAACGUCAGAAGAAGAAAUCAUGGGUACUCGUCGUGUCUCACAUAGUUAAAAAUAUUCAUAUUAUGAUUUUUAACACAUAUGAUACGAUACUGUAUGGCCUCAGAAGUAGAUGAUAGUUGCUACAUAAGAGGUACCAUGACAUGACAUAGUGUGUCAUGGAUCACCAUUGAUGACGCCGAAGAGUAAAUUAAUAUCUUAAAAAAAAUUGUACCCAUCGACAUUAAGCAAGGUGAACAAUUCUCAAUCUCAAUCAAUCAAGUUCUAAGCUUACAGCUUCGCAUUUAGCACUCACUGACGUGCGAUGAUCAAUAUUGUACAACACUCGUCGGACCUUGUAAAAGACACCCGACUUCGUAAACGGUAUCUCAUGUGACAGCAAGAGGAUACGAAUACUCAAUAAAAAGUGGAACUACAGUCGUCACCUCGUUCAAAGGUUCAGAAUGUGUCAAAAAGAUCAUACGUAUCAGAUCCCAGAUUUGCGUUUGAGUUCCGCAAAACCUCCGAUUGGAAUGCCUGGGAGGCUCGUUAAGGCACAGCUUGUUGGAGAAGGUUCGGUCGCUAUUGAAGCGCUUAGAUACUACACUUGACAUUAUGACUGCGCGGCGCGAAGAAGCUGCUAGAAAUGAAAUCGAAAUUUGUUGGAUGGUUGGAAUUUGUUUUUUUUUUCUGUGGCAUUGUAAAAAAAGGUCGGACAUCACUCAUACAUUGUGUCUCCUUUCCCCUAGAGUCCCGUAUCUCGCUUUCACACGACCGG